GACCCAGAUAUUACCAAGAACUCUUCCAAAAGAGAAGAAUAUAAGGACUGCACUCAAACUAUUGGCCUGAACACAGUGAGAAGAGAAUUAUAGACUGGUAGUGCUGAGGGAUGCAGUCUUAUUGACUUGCUCAGGGAAGCUAAAGCAGCCAUCUCCAGAAAUGUCCUCCGAAAGUGAAGAGCUACAUGGGCAUUCUCAGAAGGACUCAAUUGAUGGAAAUGACCACCACAGUCCUUCACCUAGGAUCCAGCUGGAGCUGGAGAAUGGAUCGAGGACUGAGUUCAUGCAGUUGGAGGCCAGUGGUCAAUGCAGACCUUUUCCUCGAGUCUACUUAGAGCCUCACGAGAAGUCAAAUACAAACUUCAAGCAGGUCAUCACGACAAAGCUGCGGAAGAGCUGUCAGUGCAGCCCAAGAAAAGUCAAAACUACAAUUUUUGGUUUCCUUCCUGUGCUGCAGUGGCUUCCAAAAUAUGAUAUAAAGAAUAACAUCUUAGGAGAUAUGAUGUCAGGCCUGAUUGUGGGCAUCUUAUUGGUGCCCCAGUCCAUUGCUUAUUCCCUCCUGGCUGGCCAGCAGCCUAUCUAUGGUCUGUACACAUCUUUUUUCGCCAGCAUCAUUUAUUUCCUGCUGGGUACUUCCCGUCACAUGUCUGUGGGCAUUUUUGGAGUACUGUGCCUUAUGAUUGGCGAGGUGGUUGACCGAGAACUACACAAAGCUGGCUACGACACUGCCCAUGUUUCUUCUUCUGUAGCAGUGGCUUCAAAUGCGAGCGCUUUAUUAAACCAGACAUCAGUCUGGGAAUGUGACAGAAGUUGCUAUGCAAUUAGAGUUGGCUCUACUGUCACCUUUAUGGCUGGAGUUUAUCAGGUAGUGAUGGGCUUCUUUCAAGUGGGCUUCGUUUCUGUCUACCUCUCGGAUGCCUUGUUGAGUGGAUUCGUCACUGGUGCCUCCUUCACUAUUCUUACAUCUCAGGCCAAGUAUCUCCUUGGGCUCAGCCUUCCUCGGAGUAGUGGUGUGGGCUCACUCAUCACGACGUGGAUACAUAUCUUCAAAAACAUCCAUAAGACCAAUCUCUGUGAUCUCGUCACUAGCAUUUUGUGCCUUUUGGUUCUCUUGCCAACCAAAGAACUCAACGAGCGCUUCAAGUCAAAGCUGAAGGCACCAAUUCCUACAGAACUCAUUGUCGUCGUGGCAGCCACGUUAGCCUCGCAUUUUGGGAAACUGAAUGAGAAAUACAACACGAGCAUCGCUGGACACAUCCCCACAGGGUUUAUGCCUCCUGAGGCACCGGACUGGGGCUUGAUUCCCAGCGUAGCAGUAGAUGCAAUAGCUAUUUCUAUCAUUGGUUUUGCUAUCACCGUGUCACUUUCUGAGAUGUUUGCCAAAAAACAUGGCUACACAGUCAAAGCUAAUCAGGAAAUGUAUGCCAUCGGCUUUUGCAAUAUCAUCCCUUCCUUCUUCCACUGCUUUACUACUAGCGCAGCUCUUGCAAAGACUUUGGUUAAAGAAUCGACGGGCUGCCAUACUCAGCUCUCCGGUGUGGUGACAGCUCUGGUUCUCUUGUUGGUACUCCUGGUAAUCGCUCCUCUGUUUUAUUCCCUUCAGAAAAGUGUCCUUGGCGUGAUCACGAUUGUAAAUCUCCAGGGAGCCCUGCGUAAGUUUAAGGACCUGCCCAAGAUGUGGAGAGUCAGCAGAAUGGACACGGUUAUCUGGUUUGUGACUAUGCUGUCCUCUGCAUUGAUAAGCACUGAAAUAGGCCUACUUAUUGGGGUUUGUUUUUCUAUGUUUUGUGUCAUCCUCCGCAGUCAGAAGCCUAAGAUUUCAUUGCUUGGCUUGGUCGAAGACUCUAACAUCUUUGAAUCCAUGUCUGUUUACAAGAAUCUUCAGACUAAGCCGGGCAUUAAGAUCUUCCGCUUUAUAGCCCCUCUCUACUACAUAAAUAAAGAAUGUUUUAAAUCUGCUCUGUACAAAAAAACCCUCAACCCAGUCUUAGUGAUGGCUGCUCGGAAGAAGGAAGCAAAGCGAACGAUGAAAAAGGAAGGGCUGGCUCUCAGUGGGAUCCAGGACGAAGUGUCAGUGCAGCUUUCCCACAACCCCUUGGAGCUCCACACCAUAGUGAUUGACUGCAGCGCAAUCCAGUUUUUAGAUACAGCAGGGAUCCAUGCACUGAAAGAAGUCCGCAGAGACUAUGAAGCCAUUGGCAUCCAGGUUCUGCUGGCUCAGUGCAAUCCCUCUGUGAGGGAGUCCCUGGCCUGUGGAGAGUAUUGCAAGAAGGAAGAAGAAAACCUUCUGUUUUAUAGUAUAUAUGAAGCAGUGGCUUUUGCAGAGGACUCUCAAAAUCAGAAAGAGAUCUGUACUCCCAAUGGUCUGAGUCUUUCCAGUGAUUGAGAGGGAAAGCAGACUGAAGGAGGAACAAUUUCCACCAAAAGGCAUUUCCAGUGAAAACGUGCACUUGAAAAUUUAACCUAUUGACUGGAGAAAGAUGGCUUUUAUAGACAUCCAAUGCAGUAGAAAUUAUAGUAUGGUAGAAUCAAAGAAAGACAAUGUGUGGUGUCCGGCUUUCUCACAGAUAUGAGGUACUCUUGGAAUCAAAUAGCUAUUGAACUGAAACGUAAAGUAGCCCCCAACUUAAUGGCCAUCCUGUUUCAGAAGCUAGGCUUUCGGUCUCUUCCUUCUUCAGGAGGCCAAGAGGUGAAGCUUGACACUCAUGUCAGGUGUGGGAGCAAUAAAGGACACAGUCGAGAAGGUGCCCACUCCUGUGGCCGCAGGUGAGGAGGCUCUGGGAGCACAAGGUGACCAACAGGCUAGGAGGUUUCACUUGUGCAUCUCAGUUUCCAGUUUCUGCUUCCUAUGCAGCAAAGUUACUGGGACAGUUGGGCCGGCUUGUGAAAUCUGACAGUGUACAGCAUAAUACACUUGGUGUUUUUAGUCAGCCUUUUUGUUUAGAGUGAAUAGGUAAGGGAAGAGUUCUUCAGUCAGCCAACACCAUCGGACUCCUCCCUAUCUUUUCUCUGUCCCUGUUUCUGAGUGCUUCGCCUCAGUUAAGCCUCAUGUGAGCUUCCAUUUAGUUGUUUCCCAUGAAAUCUUCUUUGUUUUUGUUUUUUUCCCCGUGAAAUCUAAAUGGCUAAAUCUGAUUGCCAGUGCCAGCUUGCUUAAUAAAAGGCAGAAGACUGACUCAGCAGUCCUACAUGGCACUUGAAUGAGUUUGAGGCAACCUGCUAAGGAUAUAUCGCAAAAAAGGGUGACGGGGAGAAUGUGUUUACAGCUCUGAAUUAUUUUUUUCCUCCUCAAACGACAUUUUAGCAAGAGUAGGCUGGGGACUGACAAUUUCUCAGAAAGAGAACUUACUCCCUAAGCAGAAUAUAACCAACAGAAGAGAAUGCACAGAAGAUCGAGUGCUUCCAAAAGCACAUCAAUAAUUCAGUGUAGAUAUUUUAGUGAAAAUAAAGCUAAUGCUCACUGCCACACGGCAGUAAUUAUUGAUGACAGCAACUUUUAACUCUUUUUGGAUCAUGCAAAAACAAUUAUUCAGGAGGACUUAGCAGCAUCACCUUUAGAGAACACAGGCUCUGUGGGUGUGUUAUUUAUGCUAGUUGGUCACAGGCUGCAGCUACAGGAAUAGUUUCUUUUGAGAAGCAAGACCGUCUAGCAGCAAAUGCUUUUAGUUCUGUAUCUGGACUUCAUUAGUUGAGAAAAAAAACAGAUUUUCCAGGACUAAAACGAGGAUACUAAUUUAUGUGAGAUUGAAACAUUUGGUCAUGAUAUUUUAAAUAAAACUAUUACAAAAGUUGCACAAUUAUUUUUGAACCUGAUGCUAUAUUCUAAACAAGUUAAAUAUUUAUGAGAAGCAAACCCUCAUGUGAGGCUUCUAUUAGAGUGGGAUUCUUUUAAAUAUAUUUAGCUUUCUUGUUGACUCCAUAUUAGAAAAGCAGAUACUGCCCUCUUAUUGGCUGAGCUCUGUUUACAUGGAAAACACCUCUGCAUUAUUUUUUUCACCUUUGCAUUAUUAAAAAUAUAUUUCUCAGUAGAAAAGUUGGAUUUCUGUUGUUAUGGUGAUGUAUCAAUAUCAUGAUUAAAAUGUAAUAGAAUCCUGAAUUUUUAAUGUCCUUUUAAAACUUGAAUAGAAUUUCAGAAAUGUUAGCUGCUGUGCUGUGCUUGUAGUUUGUGGUUUGUUAGCCAGCGUGUGUCCUUUCUGUCUGGUCCUAGCAACCAUAAUGGUGAAGUUUGGUAUCUUGUUCUGUCAUGUUUUUAAUUCCUCUUCAAGCAAGUUUUGAAUUGAGACCAUUAUAGAUGUUUAAUGCCAUCUGAAAGAAAAAAAAAAAAAGGUGUUUAGGACUUAGGACUACCCAAUAAUUAACUAACAGUGACAUAGCAAACACUAAAUUUCCAGUCCAAAGAAUGUGGGAAAUCCCUCAGAAAAAUAGAAUGAGCAGACCUGAUCUUUCUCUGACAUUUCUGUCCACUUGUGGAUAUAACCUAUUCUGCAGCUUUAUGCAAUUAGCAAGUUCUCGGACUGUGUUCUGGUUUGUUUCUCUCCCUCUUAAACAAAAGUCUACUUUCAGUAGCCAUUUGUUAAAGACAUUUAAGAUUUCGCGAGAUUUUACAUCUCUGCUUGGGUUAAGGUCUGCCUAGACUUCCACACUGUUAAACAUUUUUGAUUGCUAGGAUUUGCAAGAGCCAAACCUGAAACUAAAGCCUAAUUCACCAGCAAACAUCUUUUCAUUUGCUUGUUUGUUCACGGGCGUGGGCAUUAUUUCUUUAGGUGAUAAUUUACACUUCAUUGUUGUAAAAAUACUGUGUGCUUUCUCUAAACUUCAGGAAGCAUUUUAUCAUUGCUUAUUGACCAAUGUGCUACAUUCCAGAUACCUUAAAAUGGCCAUUUAAUUGAAAUGUACUGUGUGUAUCCUUUAUGGCUAGAUUUCUUAGAGCCUUUCUUUUUAAAAAGAAUAUUGUCCUAACAAGAGGGAUUUGUGAACACCAUCUCAGACCAUACAGAAAGGAGAAAUGAGAGGGAACCAAUUGCACAGCCUGUGUCUUCUGUCUAGACUGAGCCGAGCUCAUCUGUGCUUCUGAUCGUGGUAAAACAGACAGAUGUCUAAUUGCUUUUUUAUUAUUAUUAUUAUUUUUUUCAAGUAGGAUCAAAGGAAAACAAUAUUUGGAUUACCUGAUGUAGUUUUAGUUUUAAACUUUCCCCCCUUACAAAGUUUGCUUUCUUUUUUCUGAGUUAACUUUAAACACUAGUAGACACUGAAGCCAAAAUGUGUUGUUGGUAAAUUUACUGUGAUAAUGGUGACCUUUGAAAAUGAGUUAGACUUUUCUAAUGAUGAUCACUACACCUGAACAGAAUAGUCAGUUCUCCGCAGGGAUGUUCUCUUGAGUAAUUUAUUGCCAAGAACACUGUAAGGGCACUAGCCCUAAGCUUAAGAAAAAGUGAGAAAAGGGUUAAAGUCAGUUGCCUGGGAGCUUAAAUUGAGUCUCUCAGUUAUAAUGACAAAUCUGAGUUCUGUGAACCUCAUUAAUAUUCUCAUGAAUUGCUGUAAAUGACACGGGUUCUUUUUGCACCAAUGUAGAGGAUCCGAGCAGGAGUCUGGGGCCUUGGCCAAGUGCCGGGUUGGACACUACAUCCAGGAGGUGGGUUGUGUGGUAUCUCUCCUAGCGGGGGUACUAGCACUGAGUGGACUGUGGAGGGCUGCACUGAGUGGACUGAGGGCUGAGCAGGACACCACCAUGGCAGACGAAGGGUGGGUGUCCCUGGUCUAUUCAGAGAAUGACUCCACAGUGAUGUGGUUAAAAACAUGUUAGGACUUAGACUUUAAUUGUCCUGUUCUUUAAUGUUUUUCUCUUUUUUCCCCUCUUAAUAUUUUCUAUCUGCCCUAGUGAUGCUUUAUAAAAACUAGGCUUAGAAAACUGCAAAGUUGGAUCUGGGAAGCUUUUAAGUGCUGAACUAAUUUGGCUUUUUUUUUUUUUUGUAUGAAGAUUUUAAAUAACUAUAAAUUGAAUAAUUAGUUUGAGUGCUAAUAACAAGUAUGAAAAUUGUAAUGGAACAAGCCAAAAUAAUACACCAGCUGGUCUGUUAUCAUAGCCUACUCUUAAAAUACCAUUGAAAUAUUAUAAGUUAGAGGUGAACAUUUUAGGUUUUUUAAUAACUUUAGGAAUGGAGAAUUUGGAUGUUGGGAGUGGGGAAAAUCUAUUUUUAUAAGAUAUUUUUUAUACUGAGGAGUAUUUUUAAAAUGUUUUGCAAUUGAAAUUUUAAAAUAACCAUUUUAAAUAUAAUUAGCAAAUAUAAGAGCACUAUAUUAAUAGUUUGCUUUUGAUGUGUAAUUUUUAUCUUACGGUAUAAAAGAGGAAGGUGAAUUAUUGAACUAUGAAAACUGGAAUAAUGAAGGAGACAUGUCUUCAAAAAGUUAGCAUGGUUUUAAGUCUACACUGGGAUCUUGUAUACCAUUUCUCAGACUUGGCUCUGGAAAUGCUGAUCAUUACAAUACUACUACAAGAUCCAAGUUACAGUUUCUAAUGGGAGAUUUUUCAGUUGGUAUACUGACAAGAAGCCUAAGCCAGAGAGGAUUUUCAACUGCAGAUUUAUUUUAGGGAAGUUUCUUCCCCCACAAAUCCCUCAUCCCUAAAAUAAUAAGAUGCUGGGAAUCAAACAGCUUUUGCCUUUUCAAUUCAAGCAGUUGAGUAAUUACUGUUUUGAGUUUGGAUGCUACCAUAAUUCUCAAAAAUUAUUGUGAACAAAACAGUAUAUGCUACCUUUUAUGGUCUCCUUUGUAAUAAGUAUGCCUCCCUCCCCAAUUAUUCAAGGCAAAUGACUCUUAGGAACAUAUUUUGUACUACAUGUAUCUUUUAUAACUAAAGAAAGUGCCUUGGUGCAAUUCCACAUAAAUCAUGCUUAAUCUUCUAUAGGAUGAAGAUGAGUUGUUAAUGAAUUACAACCCAUGCAGGGAGGGUGAGCUGGUCCUUUUCUUCUGGUUUCAUGAACUAUGUUUGUGAUGUUUAUUAUAAAGGAUCUACCUAAGUAUUGCAAUCUAGCGAUGUCAUUUCAUUUGUUAAUAAACUG